ACCCGCUCGCUGCCGCGGGGCGGGGCCCGGAAGUGCGCGGCGAGGCCGGCGCGGGCCGGCGGCCGGCCGGUCCCGGCCCUUCCGGGAGGGAGCCGCGGCGGCGGCGGCGGGUGGCCGCGGCCAUGAGCGACGUGGUGGAGCGGACGCUGAGCGCGCUGCCCGGCCUGCUGGGGCAGCACGACCCGGGCGCCGGGCCGGGCGGCGCCGCCGGCCCCGGCAGGGUCUCGGCCACCUCGCGGCUCGGCAGCCUGAUCCGCAGCAUCACGGCGCUCACCUCCAAGCACGAAGAAGAAAAAUUAAUCCAGCAGGAACUAACCAGUUUGAAAGCGACGGUUUCUGCCCCCACCACAACACUUAGACUGAUGAAAGAGUGUAUGGUGAGACUCAUCUAUUGUGAAAUGCUGGGGUAUGAGUCUUCCUUUGGAUACAUCCAUGCAAUCAAGCUAGCACAACAGGGAAAUCUUUUGGAAAAAAGAGUUGGUUACUUGGCAGUUUCUUUAUUUCUUCAUGAAAAUCAUGAACUGCUACUUCUACUUGUGAACACAGUUGUGAAGGACUUACAGAGCACUAAUCUAGUAGAAGUGUGCAUGGCGUUAACCAUUGUCAGCCAGAUCUUUCCACGGGAGAUGAUUCCAGCUGUUCUUCCCCUAAUAGAAGACAAGCUGCAGCAUUCUAAGGAAAUAAUCCGAAGAAAAGCUGUUCAGGCUUUGUAUAAAUUCUAUCUCAUUGCUCCCAACCAAGUCCAGCACAUUCAUGAUAAGUUCCGGAAAGCCCUGUGUGAUAGGGAUGUUGGCGUCAUGGCUGCUUCUUUGCAUAUCUAUCUUCAAAUGGUUAAGGAAGACUCAUCUGGAUACAAGGACUUGACAGGGAGUUUUGUAACCAUCCUAAAGCAGGUAGUGGGAGGAAAGCUCCCUAUUGAUUUCAAUUAUCACAGCGUGCCAGCACCAUGGUUACAAAUUCAGCUUUUAAGAAUAUUGGGACUGUUAGGAAAAGAUGAUCCAAGGACAAGUGAAUUGAUGUAUGAUGUUCUGGAUGAAUCUUUAAGAAGAGCGGAGAUAAAUCAUAAUAUUACAUAUGCCAUCUUGUUUGAAUGUGUCCAAACAAUAUAUACAAUUCAUCCCAAGUCUGAGCUACUUGAAAAGGCUGCCAAGUGCAUUGGAAAAUUUGUUUUGUCAUCCAAAAUUAACCUGAAAUACUUAGGUUUAAAGGCUCUGACCUAUGUUAUCCAGCAGGAUCCUAACCUGGCACUUCAACAUCAAAUGACAAUAAUUGAAUGUCUGGACCAUCCUGAUCCCAUUAUUAAAAGGGAGACUUUAGAGCUUCUCUAUAGAAUUACAAAUGGACAGAAUGUAAUUGUCAUAGUUCAGAAGAUGCUCGACUAUUUAAAACAAAGCAAGGAAGAAUAUACUAUCAUCAGCUUAGCUGGCAAAGUAGCAGAACUAGCUGAGAAGUAUGCCCCUGACAAUGAGUGGUUCAUCCAGACAAUGAAUGCCGUGUUCUCAGUUGGAGGAGAUGUUGUGCACCCUGAUAUCCCGAACAACUUCCUGAGGCUGCUGGCUGAAGGAUUUGAUGAUGGAAAAGAAGAUGAACAGCUACGGCUGUAUGCAGUGCAGUCUUACUUAGCAUUACUAGAAGAGGAAGAUGCGUUCUAUCCGCAGAAAUUUCUUCAAGUUAUGAGUUGGGUUUUGGGGGAAUACUCCAGCCUUGUUACAGAUGUUGAUCCAGAGAUUAUUUUGACACGGCUGCACAGGUUGCUGAAGAAGACUUUUGUUACUGCUGAAACUAAAGCUUGGAUAAUGGCUGCAGUCACCAAAAUAGCAUCACGUACCACCUCUUCUAAAACAGUUGACAAACUGAUCCGAGAAUUCAGCACCUCUCUAGAUACCUGCAUGAGGCAAUAUGCCUUUGAAUUAAAGCAUCUGUGUGAAGACAAAGUAUUGAUGAAAAGCUUGUUUCCUUUUGAUGCUAGUUGCAACGACAUAGUGGUAGAUGCUUCCUUAUCUUUCUUGGAUGGGUUUGUGGCUGAGGUACUUGGCCAUGGUGCAGCACCAUAUAAACCUCAUCACCAAAGACAAGAGGAGAAACUCUCUCAAGAAAAAGCUCUGAAUUUUGAACCUUAUGGAUUGUCAUUUGCUUCAAGUAUGUCUUCAUCCGGCUUCACUGGCAGACAGUCCCCCACUGGUUUAUCUUUUGGUUCUGAUACAUCUGGUAAUAGUGCUGAGACAGGGCAUAAAGAGACAAAUAGUCUGAAACUUGAUGGAGUAAAGAAACUCUGGGGAAAAGAAGGUUAUCUUCCAAAGAAGGAAAACAAGAUAGGGAAAGAAGAUGAAGCUCUGACUGUUCCUCGUGGCAGCUUAUUAGCAGGACAUGUGGCUGAUCCUCCUGUGUCACAGUCUGAUCAAGUUGCCACCUUCUCUGAGGAAGAAAAAGAGAAGCAGCAGUUAGCAUCAACACUGUUUGUUGGGCUGGGAUCAAAUGCUGGUGUCAGUCUGAUGGGGAAAGCAGACAUGGCUGUUCAGAAGUUCAAAAGAAAAUCAAAAAUAAAUGAAACUCAAAAUACUGAGGAAACACCAGACAUCCAAAAUAGUGCUGCUUUGGCUCUUGGUCCCUUGCUUGAUACACUGCCUAGUAACAAGGAAGGCCAUGAGGGAAAUGAACACACAAGGUUAAGGAAGGCAUCCCUGGAUUCUUCAGAUACUACGGAAGAUAACUUGGCAUUUGAAAAGCCUCAGUCCUUAAAAAAACCUGGACUGGAUAACAGACUUCUGGAUAGUCGGCUGUCAUCAUCCUCUUUGUUUGCUGAUAGUAAUAUUGAAAUUUUUCAUCCUUCACCAAGUGCUCAAUGUGAAAGUGCCAGUAAAACCCUGUUGGCCCCUUCCUUACCAGGAGAACUAGCAGAGCUCCCUCACUCUGAAGUAGUGGAACUUUGUCAGAGUGAUGACCUAGCUUUGCAUUUAUGUAAGGUGUGGACAGAUGACUCUUUGCUGCUCACCAUGUUUGUUUCAAAUAAAAACACUUCUGCACUUAAUGAUGUGAACCUAGUGUUUGAAAAAGCAGAACAUUUUCAGAUUUUGGAGAGUCCAGCCUACCAGUUUUCUGUAAUAGAAGCUCAGAGUGUGGAACAUUGUCAGCAAUGUGUGCAGAUGGACAAAAUCUGUACGCAGGGAAAUCUUCCUGGCUCCAUUAAUUACCAGUCAGGGAUGGAAACUCACCUUGAAUUUUCAAUAACUUUAUCAUUGUUGGACUUCAUCAGGCCAAUGGAAAUGACUACAGAAGACUUUGGGAAGCUGUGGCUGUCCCUCGCCAAUGAUGUGAAACAGAAUCUAAAAAUGUCGUCUUCUCAAGAUUCCUUCUCAGCAGCUCUGAAUACACUGCAACAGAAGCUAAAACUCCAUAUAGUUGAUAUUAUAGAUGCCAACAGUCAUUCCUCACAGAAACCACAUAAUAUGAUUUUAAGGAAAAUGUAUCUCCGUUACGAGGUCAGACUUGAACAUUUAUCAGGAUCUUCUCAUUUUAUUUUAAGAAUUUUUCUAAGGCUGUUUUUUAAGCACUGCUGGCAAUGAGACUUGCAUUGGUUGUUGUAUGAAGUACCUUAUAUAUAAACAAAUGUGUGUUUUGAAAAUAAUUAAAAGACUUCAGUGAGUAACAUUUCCCAUGAUCUUUGACAUUGCCAUUUAGGUAUUUAGUGGUAAUAUCUAAAUAGGAUCCUGGUAGAAGACAGGCACGUGAAAUGAAGGUUGUUCAGAAGUGCCUCAUGGGGGAUGAUCAUCCAAGGCUCUCAGUUUCUAUCUGCACAGAUUCCUGCCUCUCCUUCAGUCAUGUUGCCUUUGCCUAGGAGUCUGCAACAGUUGCCGAACCUUCGUGCAUGUUCAAAGAUAAGUUUCACAAGAAUAGUCUGAGAUGACUGAGCUGGGUAGUUGGGUGUUGCUAGUGGACAUAUUCACAGCUCUCCGGUCUUAAUCCUAUAUAUUUAAUUUGGCCAAUAUCUCUGUCCAUGAAAAUUCACAAGGAGGAAACUUUAUUUUUACUUCUCUUUCUAAUUCUAAUUCUUUGUUUGCCUGUAAGACUGUGCAAACCUUUGACUGGUAUGGAUUUGGCUAUACUGUGGGUGCAUGGCUAGGAACUGCUGCAAGGCAGAAGAGAUCUAAAUCAGUCCAGUAUUCAUGCUGAAUGUGUCUGGAUAUACCUCACAGCCUUGAAAAUCUAGUGGUUUUAAUUUAUUUAGACAUUAUAUGAAAUAAUCUUUCCAAUACUAUUUACCAUUAUUUAUAACUGGUUAUGUUUUUUAUUUAGAAACUUAAGAUUGUACAAACAUUUCUCAUAGAUAUGGUAUAAACGGAUUCAGCUGCAACUCUCUCCUUUCUGUGUUUAAUAUUAAUAAGGAAAUUCUCUAGUAUUUCAGUUUUAUCGAUUCUCACCUGAUAAACUCUGGUUUUAAAGGAAAGUAUUCUAUUAAUUUGCUAAUGUUUUGCUAAAAGUUCAUGAAAUCACAGUAAGAAUACAAUGUUUAUAUGCUGACAGUUAAGUGGUGUGGGUUUUUGUUUUUGUUUUUUUUAAGCCUUAAAAACAAGCCACUUGUAUUAUCACAGGUACAAUCACAUAAGGAAAGCUCCUUCUUCACUGCUGUUUCAGUACCCUCUUAUUGAGGGAUUUAAAGUGCACUGAACCUGUAAAUAUAUUUAAUGUUCUGCCUACUUUAAUCAUGUUUACUUGACACUUCAAGACAGUUAAUAUAAAUGAAAACUGAUUUGUAGUGGAAUAAUUUCCAGCAAACUCUUUCCCUGGUGGUAAAUCAGACUUGUGUGAUGCAUCUGGACUUUUCUAUUCAUGUGAAAUGUUACAGAAGUAUCUGUUUCUGGCCUAUGCAUUUACACCAUUUCAGCAAUGAGGUGUUGAAUGUCCUAGUGUUUAAAAAGAACAACAAAAGACAAUAAUGCCUUCUAUUGUUCAUGUAAUGCUCUUUACAACCUUUUGCACUCUAUGGAUAGUGUAUGUUAAGCUGUAAAUAUGCACAUUCUAGGAGCAUAAUCAAGAGCCUUAUGCUAAUAUCACAUAAAGGGUUUUGCAGGGAUUUGUACUUGUGGUACAGUCUUUAUUUUCAGAUUGUCCAGCAAACACCUUUCUUAAACUAUCAUCAUCUUUGCAUUUCUUGUAGUUUAAUAAAAUCCAUUUUAAUAAAAAUUUCAGUUUGAUUUUCA